GAUCACGUCUAGUUUCCUCUAAAACCCUAAACUUUUCUUAAACCUUUAGAAUCUUAUAUUCGUCUUCAACGUCUAGAUUCCAAAAACCUCGAUCAUCCAUCCAUCGGUCCUUGGCUCUCAAGCUUUUAGCUGAAAGAAAAACCACAAAGAAAGAUGAAAACAUUUGGGAAAUUCAGUAGUUUUAUUAUUUUCUUGGCUGUUUUGAUGAGUUUUUUUGGAAAUAUAGAGGCUGCAACAGUAACAUGUGUACCUCCUUACGGAUUCUUGCCCUGCACAAGUGGGCUUUGGGGAAGACUUUUCUUGAUCAUGGUUUAUCAGUAUUUGAUGUCUUUGGGUCAAGGUUAUAUAUCAAACGGGUCGGAUAAAUUUUUCAGCCUUGUUGGACCCGGUAUCUUUGGAGCCGGUUUGUUCCACAUUCUUGCAAACUUCCCUAUGCUCUUCCUUAUUCUUGAGAAUGGAUUAACAGGUGACGAUACGGGUGCAUCUUUUAGUGCCGCAAUGGGAAUGAAUGUGUUAGCUGGAUCAGCAGUUAUGAGUUUAACAUUGAUUUGGCCAUCUGUCAUAGCUUUCGGGAGCUAUGAUCUUGCGGAAGAUGAUGAUGAUACCAUUUUACCACAAAUAACAGGAGAAGAGCCAUCAUUUAUCAAGAAAUUAACAGCAUAUGGUGUUACAACUGAUAGCGAAACAAGCUACACUGCCCGAAUCAUGCUCGUAUCAAUGAUCCCGUUUCUCAUUCUUCAACUCCCGAAAAUCAUCAAUGUGACUACGGUGACUCGAGAGAUAGUUCUGCUCACUCUCAUUCUUACGUCGGCUUUCUUCAUUGGAUACGCGGUGUAUCAGAUGUUCCAACCAUGGAUUCAAAACAGAAGAUUCGAUUAUAUUAGGCAAAAAUUUGUCAAGAACAAAUUAUUGAAACUACUAUCUACAAACGGAAAAGCAAAUGUGCAACUUAUUAAAGACCUUCACAAAAAGCUUGAUAAAAAUCAUGAUGGUAAAGUUACCCAUGCUGAGUUGAAAACUUUAGUAUUAGGAAUACAGCUGCAAGCAGACGGAGAACUAAGCGAUGAUCUUGUCGAAAGAAUCAUCGAUCAAUUUGAUUUCUCUGGCGACAAAUGUAUUCAAGAAGAUGAGUUCGUUAGAAUUUUAACAAAAUGGCUCCAGGAGGCAAGGAAAUCCCUCUCUAAGAAUGAUUAUAAUCCUCUUAUUAGUUUCUUCAAAAAAUCUCAAGAGGGCGUAGAUGAAGAACAACAACAACCUUUGAUACCCAAGAAUAAAAACCUUAAUGAUGAGGGUUUGAUUUGGGAGUACUUGAAGGCUUUGGCUUUGGUACUUUUUGGGACUCUUGUGACGGCUCUCGUUGCACUUCCACUCAUAAUGAAUGUUUCAGGUUUUGCUACUGAUGCAAACAUCCCUUCCUUCCUUAUCCCAUACGUUAUCAUACCGUGUGCCAUAAACAUACCACGUCUCUUAUCAACGAUUAAUUCAGCAAGCCAAAAGACUCAACGCGCUGCAUCUUUAACUCUUUCUCAGAUCUAUUCAGGAGUGUUCAUGAGCAAUAUGAGUAGCUUGACAACCUUUCUGUUAACGGUGUAUAUAAGAGAUUUGCCAUGGGACGUAUCCGCUGAAGUUCUAGUUGUUUUGAUUAUUUGUGGAGUGAUGGGAGUUUUCACAAGUACAAGGAUAGUUUUCCCACUUUGGACCGGGUACGCGGGCUAUCUGUUAUACCCUAUAUCGCUACUCAUGUUGUAUCUUCUUACCGCCGUUUGGGGUUGGUCAUAGGGUAGUAUCCAGUAUUCAAAUUUUUUGAUCCUAUUUUACAGUAUUUAGAGGAAGUUUUUGAUCAUGUACAAAUUACAACAAAUAUUCUUAAUUAUAAAAUUUUGUUUUUGUAUCAUG